AUGUCUUCCCCGGAGACCUUCGAGUUCCAGGCUGAGAUCUCUCAGCUCCUGUCGCUCAUCAUCAACACUGUCUACUCAAACAAGGAGAUUUUCCUGCGUGAACUUGUCUCCAACGCCUCCGAUGCCUUGGACAAGAUCCGCUAUGAGUCCCUUUCCGACCCCAGCAAGCUCGACUCGGGCAAGGACCUGAGAAUCGACAUCAUCCCCGACAAGGAGAACAAGACCCUCACCAUCCGUGAUACCGGUAUCGGUUUCACCAAGGCUGACCUCGUCAACAACCUGGGUACCAUUGCCCGCUCCGGAACCAAACAGUUCAUGGAGGCCCUCACCGCCGGUGCCGAUAUCUCCAUGAUUGGUCAGUUCGGUGUUGGUUUCUACUCUGCCUACCUUGUCGCCGACAAGGUCACCGUCAUCUCCAAGCACAACGAUGACGAGCAGUACGUCUGGGAGUCUUCCGCCGGUGGUACCUUCUCCAUUACCCCCGACACUGAGGGUGAGGCCCUUGGCCGCGGCACCAAGAUCAUCCUUCACCUGAAGGAUGAGCAGACCGACUACCUCAACGAGGCCAAGGUCAAGGAGGUCAUCAAGAAGCACUCCGAGUUCAUCUCCUACCCCAUCUACCUCCACGUCACCAAGGAGACCGAGAAGGAGGUCCCCGAUGAGGAUGCCACCGAGACCACCGAGGAGGAGGGUGACGACAAGAAGCCCAAGAUCGAGGAGGUCGAUGACGAUGAGGAGGAGAAGAAACCCAAGACCAAGAAGGUCAAGGAGACUUCCAUCGAGGAGGAGGAGCUCAACAAGCAGAAGCCCAUCUGGACUCGCAACCCCCAGGACAUCUCCCAGGAGGAGUACGCCUCCUUCUACAAGUCCCUCUCCAACGACUGGGAGGACCACCUUGCUGUCAAGCACUUCUCCGUUGAGGGUCAGCUCGAGUUCCGCGCUAUCCUCUUCGUCCCCAAGCGCGCUCCCUUCGACCUGUUCGAGACCAAGAAGACCAAGAACAACAUCAAGCUCUACGUCCGCCGUGUCUUCAUCACCGACGACGCCACCGACCUCAUCCCCGAGUGGCUCGGCUUCGUCAAGGGUGUUGUCGACUCUGAGGAUCUUCCCCUCAACCUGUCUCGUGAGACCCUUCAGCAGAACAAGAUCAUGAAGGUCAUCAAGAAGAACAUCGUCAAGAAGGCUCUUGAGCUCUUCCAGGAGAUCGCCGAGGACAAGGAGCAGUUCGACAAGUUCUACUCUGCCUUCUCUAAGAACCUCAAGCUCGGAAUCCACGAGGACUCCCAGAACCGCAACAUCCUCGCCAAGCUCCUCCGCUUCAACUCCACCAAGUCCGGCGAUGAGCUCACCUCCCUCUCUGACUACGUCACUCGCAUGCCCGAGGUCCAGAAGAACAUCUACUACAUCACUGGCGAGUCUAUCAAGGCUGUCACCAAGUCUCCCUUCCUGGACUCCCUCAAGGACAAGAACUUCGAGGUUCUCUUCCUUGUUGACCCCAUUGAUGAGUACGCCAUGACUCAGCUCAAGGAGUUCGAGGGCAAGAAGCUCGUCGACAUCACCAAGGACUUCGAGCUUGAGGAGACCGAGGAGGAGAAGGCUGCUCGUGAGGCCCAGGAGAAGGAGUACGAGGGUCUGGCCAAGAGCCUGAAGAACGUUCUCGGCGACAAGGUCGAGAAGGUUGUCGUCUCCCAGAUGCUCACCGGUGCCCCCUGCGCCAUCCGCACUGGCCAGUUCGGUUGGUCCGCCAACAUGGAGCGUAUCAUGAAGGCCCAGGCUCUCCGUGACACCUCCAUGUCCUCGUACAUGUCUUCCAAGAAGACCUUCGAGAUCUCUCCCAAGAGCACCAUCAUCCAGGAGCUCAAGAAGAAGGUCGAGGUCGACGGCGAGAACGACCGCACCGUGAAGUCCAUCGUCCAGCUUCUCUUCGAGACCUCUCUCUUGGUCUCUGGCUUCACCAUUGAUGAGCCCGCCAGCUUCGCCGAGCGCAUCCACAAGCUUGUCCAGCUUGGCCUGAACAUUGACGAGGAGGAGGAGAAGAUCGAGGCCCCCGCCGCCGACACGUCCGCUGUCGAGACCGGUGACAGCGCCAUGGAGGAGGUUGACUAA